UUAACAGGUCAAGAAGAUUAUGACAGGCUGAGACCCCUUUCUUACCCUCAGACAGACGUAUUUCUUGUGUGUGUUUCUGUAGUUUCGCCAGCUUCAUUUGAAAAUGUUAAAGAAAAGGUAAGGGCCUGAUCUGCCAACCCUAGUCUUUUGAAACUGUGAUUAACUUGUAACAUCUUUAAGGCAACGAUGUUUAAGAUGCAUUGUCAAAAAGUCACAAUAUUGACUUCAACAAAUUAAUGUUGUGACUGCUUAGCUGGGCUCCCAUGCCAUUCUAGAAAUCAAUUUAUUGGCCAUGAGUCAUGUGUCAGGCAACCUCCAGCGCAGACGUAGGGGGAGAGGGCAGAUUGAGGUAUUUGAAAAGAUGCUUACGGGCUCUCCAUGCACUUCUCUCUUCCCGCCAUUUUUCACUUGUUCGUUAUUUCACAGCUUGCUCGCUUUAACAACUUGUCUGCAGUGACUGAGAGCCUGACACAGGUUACAUUUUGCAGGGACACCAGUCGUGGGAUCACCAAAUUAAUUUUCUGCUGUUUUCUUAGGCUACCACUGCUUUGGCUCUGUGUGUUAUAUGCAGGGUUCGCACAUCCCUUGAAAGUCCUUGGAAGUUGUUAAAUUUUAAAAUUGUAAUUCAAGGCCUUGAAAGUCCUUGAAAAUUGUCAGCGGUUCUUGAAAGUCCUUGAAUUUCAAUGCUAACUUUAUAGUUUAAGUAGAACUUCAAAGUGAAAGAAGCAAACACAGAAAGACCUUCAGGAUGAAAUUACUCAUGUUGUGGAAGAGCUAAAAAAGGCAUAGACUCAAGGUUCAUUUUUGCACUGAAUGGAGAAAUGUCCUUGAAAAGUCCUUGAAUUUUUUGUUCAAAACCUUUAAAUGUAUUUGCGUUUGAAAAAGUCUUGAAUUUUUGUUCAAAACCUUUAAAUGUAUUUGCGUUUGACAGACACUAGUAGCAAGUUUUCUUCCAUUUCAGUGGGUUCCAGAAAUAACCCAUCACUGUCCGAAGACACUGUUUUUACUUGUUGGUACCCAAGUCGACUUGCGUGAUGAUGCUUCAACAAUAGAGAAGCUAGCCAAGAACAAGCAAAAACCCAUCACUGUUGAAUCUGCAGAAAAGCAAGCACGAGAGCUGAGAGCUGUCAAAUAUGUAGAAUGUUCUGCAUUAACACAAAAGGGCCUGAAAAAUGUCUUUGAUGAAGCAAUCUUGGCAGCACUCGAACCUCCAGAGCAACCGAAGAAAAAGAAAUGUACAUUGCUUUGA